AUGAUUUUCCGUCGGAUAUCAUCACAAUGCAGCUUUAUUGCGAUCCGCAGUUUAAGUAUGGGUAGAGCGGACGUGGCGACUACCUCAUCGAAAUUCGCCAACGGUCAAUGGUCUGUUCUCGUCGUCCAUCCGAAAGUUCGAUGGGGAUCCGGAUCGGCGUCAGUUCUGAAACAGGCGGAUCGACAGUUGGAAGAGGCGGUUGCACUCGUGAAUAACCUUCCAAAUAUGAUCGCUGUGGACAGCCUAAUCAUGCCAGUCGACUACAAUACGAAGCGAAAAUCAAUCUGGGCGGCUGGAAACCUCGAGAAACUGGUCGCCCGUCGAGAGACCGCCCGUGCGACCGCCCUAAUGGUCAACGUCGAUGUGUUAAGCCCCGCCCAACAGCAGGAAUUAUUUGGAAUAUUCGAAGUGCCGAUAUUCGAUCGAUACAACAUCGUUCUGUCGACAUUCAAAGAGUUCGCACGAACAGAUGAAGCACGUCUUCAGAUUUCUUUGGCUGAAAUUCCGUAUAUCAAGCAUAGAAUUCAUGCGUUGGCAUCGAAACGACUCAAUUCAAGACCCGAAAUUCUGCAUGUCGAACAGCAAUACGCAGAGAUUGAGGGAGGCGAUUUGAAUGAAAUUUUGAGGAAGAGAGAGCAGGAUUUGAGACGAGACCUAAAAGAAGCGACGCGCCGAGCCACCGAGCAACAAUCCGGUGUCUCCAAACACUCUUCGGACGCCGCCGUCAUCGCAGUCGUUGGAUACACGAAUGCGGGGAAAACGAGUCUCGUGAAACGACUGACUGGAGCUGAAUCUCUGAAACCAAAGGAUCAACUAUUCGCCACGUUGGACACGACUCGACACGUGGCAAAACUACCGUCCGGAAGAUCGGCGGUCUUCACGGAUACCAUUGGAUUUCUGAGUGAUCUACCGAUUCAUUUGAUCGCCGCAUUUGAGGCCACGUUGGCACACGUCAAAUCGGCGGACGUGAUAAUCCAUCUGCGAGAUGUCUCAAAUCCCGAUUGGAAAGCACAAGAAGAGGACGUCGUCGCCACGUUGAAAUCGAUCGGAGUGGCGAGAGAAGUGAUGGCGGAGAGAAUGAUUACUGUCGAUAAUAAGAUUGACAAAGACACCUCCGUCGACUCUCCAGAAUCCUCUCCAUCUGAAUCCAGUUCCAUCAGAAUUUCGUGUAAAACAGGCGACGGAAUGGCGGAAUUGAUCGACGUGAUCAAUGAGAAAGUGUCGAUUGCAACGAAAUGCAAGACGAUUCGUCUCCGUUUGGACGUCCGUUCUCCAGUCAUCGAAUGGUUGUAUCAUAAUGAAUUUGUCGUCGUUGAACCGAUUCCAGAUGGAAAUAUGUUGAUAUUCGAUGUGGUGAUGAACGAGUCGGAAAUUGGACGAUUCCGCAAGAAAUUUGCACAUUUGAAGAGGAAAAAUUAG